CCGGCCCGUCACGGGCUGGGCCGGCCCCCGCGCCCAGGCAGCCGCUCUCUGCUGACUGGGGUGUGGGCGGGGAGCGGCGGAGGGAGGAGGAGGCGCUGCUGGCCGCCGCCGUUGCCUCCUCUGCUGGGCGCCCAGGCAGCUCCCUGGGUUUCUGAGGCCGCCAUGGACGAGCAGGCGGGCCCCGGCGUCUUCUUCAGCAACAACCACCCGGGCGCCGGCGCUGCUAAGGGGCUCGGGCCUCUGGCGGAGGCUGCCGCGGCCGGCGACGGGGCGGCCACGGCGGGGGCGGCCCGAGCCCAGUACAGCCUCCCGGGGAUCCUGCACUUCCUGCAGCACGAGUGGGCUCGCUUCGAGGUGGAGAGAGCCCAGUGGGAGGUGGAGCGGGCGGAGCUGCAGGCCCAGAUUGCCUUCCUUCAGGGGGAAAGGAAAGGUCAAGAAAAUUUGAAGAAGGAUCUUGUGAGGAGGAUCAAAAUGUUGGAAUAUGCUCUUAAACAGGAAAGAGCCAAAUACCACAAGUUGAAAUAUGGGACAGAAUUGAAUCAGGGAGAUAUGAAGCCUCCAAGCUAUGAUUCUGAUGAAGGUAAUGAAACAGAAGUGCAGCCACAACAAAACAGCCAGUUAAUGUGGAAACAGGGUCGACAGCUACUCCGACAGUAUCUCCAGGAGGUGGGUUACACGGAUACUAUUCUAGAUGUGAAAUCCAAACGAGUCCGUGCUUUGUUGGGCUUUUCAAGUGAUGUCACUGACAGGGAAGAUGACAAAAAUCAGGACUCAGUUAUAAAUGGCACAGAGGCUGAAAUUAAGGAAACAGCAAUGAUUGGAAAAUCCGAGUUAACAGAUUCUGCCUCCGUGCUGGAUAAUUUCAAAUUCCUUGAAAAUGCAGCUACAGAUUUCAGCGAUGAAGAUGAAGAUGAUGAUGUUGAUGGAAGAGAGAAAAGUGUCAUUGAUACUUCAACGAUUGUUAGGAAAAAAGUAUUGCCUGAGAGUAGUGAAGAUCGAGCUACAAAAGAAGCCCUAAAGGAAUUUGACUUCUUAGUUACAUCGGAAGAAGGAGACAGUGAAUCUAGAAGUGCAGGCGAUGGGACAGACUGGGAAAAGGAAGACCAGUGUCUCAUGCCUGAAGCCUGGAAUGUGGACCAGGGAGUAAUUACCAAACUCAAGGAACAAUACAAAAAGGAGAGAAAGGGGAAAAAGGGGGUGAAGAGAAAAACUACCGAAGAUCUGUUUCAGCCUCUAUCCUAUAUAAAACAGUCAAAACAGGGAUGUGGGAGAAUGAAGAAUCAAAGCUCAGGGCCCAAUAGGUCCAAACUACAAGAUAUGCUUGCUAAUUUGAGAGAUGUUGAUGAACUUCCUUCAUUGCAGCCAUCUGUGGGUUCACCUUCCAGGCCCAGCAGUUCCAGGAUUCCUGAACAUGAAAUUAAUAGGGCAGAUGAAGUGGAAGCCCUGACGUUUCCUCCUUCUUCUGGGAAGUCAUUCAUUAUGGGAACAGAUGAAGCCCUCGAAAGUGAACUGGGACUUGGAGAAUUAGCAGGCCUCACCGUGGCCAAUGAAGCAGAUUCACUGGCUUAUGACAUAGCAAAUAAUAAAGAUGCAUUGAGGAAGACAUGGAACCCUAAGUUUACUUUGAGAAGUCACUUUGAUGGCAUUCGAGCCCUUGCUUUCCACCCCACUGAGCCUGUUUUGAUAACAGCAUCGGAGGACCACACGUUGAAAAUGUGGAAUUUGCAGAAAACAGCCCCAGCUAAAAAGAGUACUUCUCUUGACGUAGAGCCCAUCUAUACAUUCAGGGCUCAUAAAGGUCCGGUGCUUUGUGUGGUAAUGAGCAGCAGUGGUGAGCAGUGUUAUAGUGGUGGUACUGAUGGACUGAUCCAGGGCUGGAAUACCACUAAUCCCAACAUCGAUCCCUAUGAUUCUUAUGAUCCUUCUGUUUUGAGAGGCCCUCUGCUAGGCCACACAGAUGCAGUUUGGGGUUUGGCUUACAGUGCGGCACAUCAGCGUUUGUUGUCCUGUUCAGCAGAUGGCACUCUUCGUUUAUGGAACACAACUGAGGUUGCUCCAGCACUCACUGUAUUUAAUGAUAAUCAAGAAUUGGGAAUCCCUGCCUCAGUGGAUCUAGUGAGCAGUGACCCAAGCCAUAUGGUAGCAUCAUUCAGCAAAGGAUAUACGAGCAUCUUCAAUAUGGAGACACAGCAACGUAUUCUCACGUUAGAAUCCAAUCUAGAUUCAAUGUCUAGCUCCUCCUGCCAAAUAAAUAGAGUCAUCAGUCAUCCCACUCUUCCGAUCAGUAUCACUGCUCAUGAAGAUAGACACAUCAAAUUCUAUGAUAACAAUACAGGCAAACUGAUCCAUUCAAUGGUAGCCCACCUAGAAGCCGUUACAAGUUUAGCAGUUGAUCCUAAUGGCCUCUACUUGAUGUCUGGCAGUCAUGACUGUUCAAUACGUUUAUGGAAUCUAGAAAGUAAGACAUGUAUCCAAGAGUUCACAGCUCAUCGGAAAAAAUUUGAAGAAUCAAUUCAUGAUGUAGCUUUCCACCCAUCCAAAUGCUAUAUAGCCAGCGCUGGAGCUGAUGCACUGGCUAAAGUCUUUGUAUGACAUGAUGCGUCAUCUUCACCCUCUAGCUCUUUAUAAAUAAAUCAACUGCACAAAAGAGAUACAGAAGACCAGGGAAAAAUCAACUGUCCCUGCCCUUUUGUUCUGCUGAAGGAGCACAGAAAACAUUUGUUAAAGUAUAGUUUUGCAAUUCCUGUACUAUUUUCUAAAAUUGAGGUUUGUUCAGGUUGCUGCAAGCUCAGUUGAAUCUGAAAACUGUUUCAAAUUUCCCCCAGAGACACUUACUUCUGAAGUUCUAAUUCACUAGGCGGACCUGAAGAAACACAGGUUUAGCUUGUCCUUAUUGAGGAAAUGAGACGUGAUGUAGUGUGGAUAAUUAAAAGUUCAAUGGCUGGAAAUGAUAGAGGAAGAACAAAAACCUACACCUACUUCUCCCCUGAGAAAUCCUGGUAAACAUAUUAGGUAGUCAAAACAGUGAGCUUUAUUAUCUGCGGUACUAGCCCCAUCAUUUAUAAUGACCAGACCAUUGUUAAAAUGAACUUUUAGUUUAGCUCCCCUUGAAACUAUUUGCAUAAAACACAUGACAAAGAUUAUACCUAUUAAGGACAAAAAUGCAAUAAUGUGUUUCAUAAAUUAAUAUUCGUAAAUGCUGAACAAAUAUUUGUAAGCAGAUACUUAACAGUUUUGAAAGUAGAUUUGGUACCAUUCUAAAGUUUAGCUAUUGAACAUUGAACAUUUCUGAAGAAUAGUUGAGAGUCUACUUUUACUAAAGUAUCUAAAUUAAAGGUUCUGUUUAUUUUUAAGGGUAAACAGGCAUUUCUUUAUAAUAAUUUCUAUUUUAAAAUUUACCUUAUUUGUGUGAUAGUUAUAGUACCAGAGUGAUUAUUUCAUUCUGAUGCAAUUUUACCUUUCUGUGACUAAAAAAGACAGAAGUUAAUUGCUAGUAUUCAUUUGUUAACUCCCACAUAACUGUGCUUUCCACAUCAUCUAUCUUCAUUUUUUCCCACAUUCAUGUUGUCUGACACCUAAUAAAAAUAGUUCAUAAUUAUUAUGUUUUAAAAGUCCAAAGAGUAUGGUUAGUGUCAGGCAGCUGCUUUUACAGCAUUGCCAAAUAAAACAAAAUUUUAUACCCUAGAAGUCCUCUGUUAGUAUCUCUAAGAAGAAUCUCUUGAAAAUCUGAAUGGAAUAGUGUAAUACCGAUGUUGAUUAAAAGGCCCUCUCUCUUUUUAAUUAGAA